CAGACCUUCGGCCGAGGAACUUACAUGAAUACAUAUAUAUCAAUGCUAACGGCUCGAAAUUGCUAAUUCACUACUUCAACCUCACUACCCAUCAAUCUCGCAUAUUGCGUCAUACGCACGUCCGGAACGUCUUCCACCCCGAAUAUAUAAGUCUUUGGAUAUUGUCACCGCUUCCACAGCUACCAAACUUCGCAUUCCUCUCACAACCUUCAACAUGGCUUCGAAACUAGUACCCUCGAACCCGGAGAAGGUCAUGGUCAUUCGCGAUCUUGUACCCAGGACCAUCACUACUCUCUCUGUCCCGUUCUUUCGGUUUGGCAAGAUAAAGAUCGGUGGACGAGGGACAAUCGUGCGUCUACAGUCUGGAUCUCUUGCCGUCUUCUCCCCAGUCGCAUUGACCGACGAAGUUAAACGCAAGGUCGCCGAGCUAGGAGAAGUAAAAUAUAUCGCAGCUCUCGACGCUGAGCAUCACAUCUUCCUUGGGCCAUGGUCUCAAGCCUACCCCAACGCCCAGGUCCUAGGCCCCGAAACCCUCCCUGAGAAGCGCGCAAAACAGAAGAAUGAAGACGUGCCUUUCGCAUUCGUUUUCAGUAAAUCCAAGCCCAUAACCACCAUCUCGCCCGAAUUCGAUGAAGAGUUUGACUGGGAAUACGUCCCCGCACACAUCAACAAAGAACUCGUGUUCCACCACAAGCCCACUCGAUCCCUUAUAACCGCUGAUCUACUGUUUAAUCUGCCGGCGACGGAGCAGUUCAGCAAGACCGGCGUGGAUGCGAAUAGUGGUAUAUUGACGAAGAUCUUUGGCGCGCUACAGAAUACUAGGGGGACGGCGAUUUGGCAGCAGCGCACGAUCUGGUAUGGAACGAGUUCGAGCGACAGGCCGGGAUUCGCUCAGUCGAUGGCCCGCAUCAACAAGUGGGACUUUGAGCGUAUCAUCUUUUGUCACGGCGAUGUGAUUGAGAGCAACGGCAAGAGCGUUUUCGAGAAGGUGUUCAAAUGGCAUUUGGAUCUGGCCAAAUCGGAUGCCACGAAGAGGUCAUAAACCUCCUACAGCAGAGUUUCAUGAUAUACUGAAGGCCACACCUAGCUUAGCUGCGACGUUGGGCAUAGCCCGAACAUAAGCUCGCAAAGCUGAACAAGCGUAGCUGGUAAGUUUGCUACAUAAGAGUUUAAUUAUGGCACGAUGUAAAUGAUGUUCCGAUUUGUGGGAUGGAAUUGCAAUACUUGUGUCUAGAUAAUGUAACUUUCAUUAUACAAUUGAUACUG